ACACACACACACACACACACACACACACACACACACACACACACACACAGGCUACAAUUACCACAGUUUUCCCACUCAUCCCGUCUCUUUCUAUCGGAGAGAGACGCGCGGUAUGUUCCAGCUGUAAGUCUAUUUAAUCAACCUUUCCAAAAAUCGACCUAGUAACCCGUGACGUGUCCGUCUUUUCUGAGUUCCGAUUGGUCAGAAUGUUUCCUUGCAUAUCCUGUUUUUAACCGAGUGGGUUGUGCGUCUCGUGUGAUCAACACGAAUUUAUAGUUUCGAUAUCAUCGGUGGGAAAAACCAUAGACUUCCGUAUUCCGUAUUUCUGUUCUCCUUUUUCCACGUUUUAAACUUGUGAAAGCAGAUCAUGCAACUGAUUCUGCUGCUGCUGCUGCUGCUGUCAUGUCACGUUGCAUCUGCAGCGAUACACUCCCUGAAGCAUGUCUACACGGCAUCCUCUGGAGUCCCAAAUUUCCCCGAGUUUGUGGCCGUUGUGUUCGUCGACGGGUUUCAAACGGACCACUACAGCAGCAUCACCAAGACGACGGUACCCACGCAGGCCUGGAUGAGCCGAGUCACAGCAGACGAUCCAGAGUACUGGAAGAGGCAAACUUCGUACUGGGAAGGCCAAGAGCAGAUAGGAAGGGUCAACAUUGAGAUUUUGAAGGAGCGCUUCAACCGGACUGAAGGCAUCCAUGUAAUCCAGGUGUUGAAUGGCUGUGAAUGGGAUGAUGAAACUGGAGAAGUUAAUGGUUUUGGUCUAAUCAGUUAUAACGGAGAAGACAUCUUAAUAUUGGACAUGAAAGCACAGAGAUGGAUCACCACAAAACCACAGCUUCUCAGAAGCCAACACAAGUGGAAUAAUGACAAAAGUUGGUUAGAAUUCAUGGAGCACCGUUUGACCCAGGAGUGCCCUGUGAGGCUGAAGAACACUCUGAUGUACGGGAAGAGCACUCUGCAGAGAACAGUUCUUCCCAGGGUGUCUCUGCUCCAGAAGACUCCCUGGUCUCCAGUGAGCUGCCACGCCACCGGUUUCUACCCAGACAGAGCGCUGAUGUUCUGGAGCAGAGACGGAGAGGAGCUUUACGAGCACGUGGACCACGGCGAGCUCCUCUACAACCAUGACGGGACCUUCCAGAUGAGCGUAGAUUUGAAUCUUUCGCUGGUCAAACCUGACGACUGGUGGCGGUACGAUUGUGUUUUUCAGCUCUCCGGUGUCGAGAAUGACAUCCUAACCAAGUUGGAUCCAGCAGUGAUCAGGACAAACUGGGUUGAGAAGCCCAGUUCUACAACACUCCCCAUCACGUUGUCUGCAGUGGUUGCAGUGGUUUCCGUCUUGACGUUGGCCACCGGAGUCACCGUUUACAAAAAGAAAAAAGCCAAGAGCCCUUCAGAUUCUCCCGACAACGUCGAGCUCUCUGAGAAACUGAAACCAGAAACCUAAUUGCACACAGACGUCUGUGCACCCGGUGGACCGGAGUAAGAAGAGGUGUUGUCACGUCCGUCAAACUGCAGAAAGCAGGUCAUUUAUUUUGUUUUGUGGCAUUGAUUGAGGAUUUGUAAUUGAAUCCUAAAAUGGAAAGUCAGACUUGGGCCAAAGGAAUAAAUGAGCCUUGUUGUGUGUCUGACACUC